CCCACCCACUCAGGCCUUGGCGGGGCCAUCGGCUACGUGCUGGGGGGGCUGGACUGGACCCAGACCUUCUUGGGCGCCUGGUUCCGGACCCAGAACCAGGUGCUCUUCUUCUUCGCGGCCAUCAUCUUCGUGGUGUCGGUGGCCCUGCACCUGUUCAGCAUCGAGGAGGAGCAGUACAGCCCCCAGCAGGAGCGGGGCGGGGAGGUGGCCGACGCCCUGCCCCCCACCGCCCGUGCGAACGUUCUGGAUGGCGGCAUGGCCCUGUUCCCCGAGGAGGUGCAGUCGGAGCACGAGCUCACGCUGGACUACCUGAGCGUGGACAUGGUGCGCAGCAAGAGCGACUCGGUGCUGCACGUGCCGGACGCCGCCCUGGACCUGGAGCCCGAGCUGCCCUUCCUGCCCGACAUCGAGCCCUCCCUCUUCCACGACGGCUCGUACCCCGGCACCCCCCGCAGCACCAGCCAGGAGCUCACCCGAGCCAGGCCGCCGCCCCGCCUGGCCUCCCUGCUCGGGGAGACGGCGAAAGAGGACGAGACGCUGCUCGAUAAUCACUUGAACGAGGCCAAAGUGCCCAAUGGCAGCGGCUCGCCGCCGAUCGACGGCCCCGUGGGCUACAGCAGGGCGGAUGGGAAGCCCGCCGCGGCGGCGGGCUCCACGAGGCGGCGCAGGCACGUGUUCCGGCGGCAGGCCUCCAGCACCUUCUCCUACUACGGCAAGAUCGGCUCCCACCGCUACCGCUUCCGGCGGGCCAACGCCGUGGUGCUCAUCAAGCCCUCGCGCAGCACGAGCGACCUGUACGAGCUGCAGAAGCGGCAGCGGCAGCGCUGCCGGCGCCGGCACCAGAGCGGGGCCACCACGUCGAGCGGCGACACGGAGAGCGAGGAGGGCGAGGGCGACACCACGGUGCGGCUGCUCUGGCUGUCCAUGCUGAAGAUGCCCCAGGAGCUGACGCGCCUGUGUCUCUGCCACCUGCUCACCUGGUUCUCCGUCAUCGCCGAGGCCGUCUUCUACACCGACUUCAUGGGCCAGGUCAUCUUCGAAGGGGACCCCAAGGCGUGA